AUCUCUAGAUUAGGUUAGAUUGAAAUUGAUCGCAAUCACUUAUUUUCGUAGCGUUUACAUAAUGAAAUAAUAUCGACAACAAGUGUUAUUUCGUACACGUUGAAUUAGUUGCAGAACUUAUUUUUUCUGGAAUUCUCAGAGAUAUGAUGUAAACAGGCUGAUGAUCGUUCAUAAUGGCAGAUUUAUUCGACAUCGCUAACCUGAUCACAACCGUCGGUGUUGACGGCGUGAAAAUCAAGCCGGAGCCUGGAUUGCCCGAGAAAUCGUCCAAUGAAAUCCUAACAGAACUUUUCAAUACUUUCGACACACCGGACGAUGGCGUGGCGUCACCAGAGAACAGCGAGCAGCAAGUUCCAGAUGAUCAUGUCGAAGCCGACAAAUUGGAGGCUCACACGAAAAAGAAAAAGCUCAAGAAGAAACAUAAACGUAAGGAGAAGAAGCACAAGAAAAAAUCAAGGCACAAUUCCUCAGAUAGUAAUAGUGACAUAGAGAGUAACGGCAUCAAAAAGAAAAAGAAACAUAAGAAGAAAUCCAAACGAAGACAUGGAUCUAUUUCUAGCAAAUCGUCGGACUCUGGUCAGACUAAAGCUAAAGUGACAAAACUAGAUGAGAGUGUAAAACAAAGCGAUUUAAAGUCCUUUGAUAUAUCAGAAAAGGAUAGUAAAAAUGAUGCAACAAAAUUAUAUGAUCAGUCACAUGUAAAAAAACAACCAGAUGCAAUAGAUAACAUUGUGGAUGGCACUAGUAGUCCACCAUUGCCACCUAUUUCAAAGAAAAUAGAUGAUGAAUCUGAUGGACCAAUGAUACCUAAACUUCUUGAGAAAUUAAAGCAACCUUCUCAAGGAAAAAUACUGAUAAAGGAUCUCAAAAAUAGCACCGUUUAUAGUGAAACGGUGAAAGCUAUAGAAAAUAAGCAGAAAGCGAAAGCUGCGAAAAUGGAAGAUGGCGAGUUGUCUGAUAGCACCAGCGAUGAGAAUAGGACACCCACUCUGAGUCCUACUCCGCCUCAAGAUAGAUCACCGUCGUUAAGCCUGAGUAGAGAUGAAAUAAGAAACAGAGUGUUUAGUCCAACAAGAGGAUCAGUCGCUUCAAAGACUGAUCUUAGGUUGGUCUUGAGAGAGAAAGAGAAAAAAAGGAGCACAAGAGACAAGGACAGUAAAAGAAGCAGGAGUUGUCAUUCGCAAGAGAGAAAAAGAUCGAGAUCACGAACACGAUACAGUUCAUAUCGCAGUAGGAGCGGUGGAAGAGAAAAACAGAGAGGUAGGAGCAAGGAGAGGCGUGACAGAGACAGGAGCAGAGAACGGCGCAGGCAUAGAAAUCGCAGUGAAAAUAGAACUAGAGACAAAUAUACACGAGGUCGAAGUAGAAGUAAAGAGAGGAAGGAGCGGAUAGAAAUUGACAAAAAGAAGCUUUUAGAAAUCGCAAGGAGAAAUGCUAUAAACAUGAUAAAACAAGGAACUCUACCACUAGCUCAGCAAGAUAAAGCUAUCGCUGCCAUACAAUCUGGUGGGAAAACAGUAGAUGAACUUACAGAUUUUUGUAAAUCCUUGUCAAAUUCUGAAGCAUUAGGCGAAUUAUCUAGUAUCUCCUCCGAAGGUGAAGAGAGUGAAUCUGAGAAAGGAUUCCAUCACCCUUUUCUUCUAAAAGAAAGGCCUAGUUCUAUCAUAAUGAAUAUUAGGGAUGCCAAACAAUUGCCGACGAAAACCUUUCAAGAAAAAACAACUGAAACAUCAAAUCAGCUACGAUUGCAGUUUCCUGUCUCGAGUGGACAACAUCAUAGAAGGAGUGAAAACGAAUGGGUACCUGUUACUCCAAAAAAGCCAGAACCAAAAAAAAUAUUUGUACCAGCUUCUACAAAUGAGCCACUAGCUAUAAUGCCACCACCAUCUAUGCCAGAACAGCCGCCUCCCCUACCUGCACCAACUGUUUUCCCAUUAAAGACAGAGACUGUGGACAUUGGUUCCAUAGUGUCUGAAAAAUUGGCAGCUAUGAGAAAAUUGAGGGAAAAUCCGAAUGAUACAAACGCUUUGAAUGCGAUGCAUCGAGCACAAAACGAGAUGAAAACCUGGGCUGAAAGUAAGCAGAUACCAGGUCAGUUUACUGGAAGUACAGGAGUUAAACUGCUCACACCUGCAGAGCUAUCUUCAGGCUACCAAGCCUGGGCACGUAAGGAUCAAUUAGUAUCAGCACAGCCUGUAUCAGGUGGGAUGGGUAUGGCAUUGCUGCAGAAGAUGGGAUGGCGGCCUGGCGAAGGUCUAGGCAAGAAUAAAGAAGGGGCCUUGGAACCACUGCAACUAGAAGUUAAAUUAGACAAGAGAGGACUAGUCUCUGAGCAAGAUAUUGCGCAGAAAGUUGGCAAACCUAUGAAGCCUAUGGUGCCAGCCGUCAAAACAUUGGAAGGUAAACAUCCAGUGUCACUCUUGGGAGAAUAUUGCUCAAAGAAGAAACUUGGAGCACCAAUUUACGAGCUUUGUUUUGAAUGUGGACCAGAUCAUAGAAAGAAUUUCCUUUUCAAAGUAAAGGUGAACGGCAUUGAAUAUAAGCCGAGUGUCGCAAGUCCUAACAAAAAACAAGCGAAGGCAGAAGCAGCACAGAUAUGUCUGCAAAGUUUGGGUUUAUUACCUCCUUGAGAUCAUUUACACUGUUAUUGUGCAAAGGAAUCGUAAAUUAAUUUUUAUUAUAUAAUAUUAUUUUUUAUUUUUUAAAAUAAAAUAAAAAGAGUAUAACAUA